AUGCCGGAGGUCGGCACUCAAGUUUACUGGUAUGAUUUUGAGGACGCUCCACCUCCAUGGAAGAAUGAGGAGGAACUGGCGAAAAUGCUGGAGCUAAGCUCCUCCAUCGAAGGUCCAAUCAGUGAUGCGCGGCAUAUGCUUGUGCAACCCCGUGAGGUAUAUAUUAGCAUGCGUACAAAACUACGGAACAGACAACAACCAUGCAAUAGAUAUUGGAGCAUUGUUCUUGAACCACACUUCGGCCCUCUGCUUGGAAUGAAUAUGGUGAUGCGCGAGUUGAAAGUGGAAAUGGUUACUCGCGAGGAAGCUGAGGAAGCAGUGAAUGGUGUGGUAGAGGAGUUCAACGCAAUGAGUCAAUUAUAUUCUGCAACGGAUGGUGCAAAUGACGGGUUGGGUACGGCGCUCUCAGGCAAAUCUGCACAAGCUAUGGAUGUGAAGGUUGCUCCUUUUCUUGAAGUGGUCAGAAAACUUUGCGAACCUCGAAACUUGGACGUGGUCGAAUGGAACAGGGAUGAGUUGCGCCGCAGGGGACGAAUUGCUUUCACGGAUUUGCUGUAUCACAAGCGUGUCGUAAUGAUUGUAGAUACCUCCAAACCUCAUUUCUUGAUUUGCCUUCCCGUGACGCACAAGAAAAGACUGACAGACAAGAGAGAAGUGUACUGCAUGCAAUUGCUUGCUCCAACUGCCAGCCCUGUCCCUUGGAGACGCCUCACGAAAUACGCACUGGUGAGUCCGCGGGCGCGUGAAUUUGUUAUUAUUACCAUCACGAAGAGGGACAGCGUAAAAAACAGUAAUUUGUCUAUCGACGUCAUUGGUGCUGCACCUGAGGCGAAAUCAGCAUCGCAAAAAGAUUUGGAGGAUGGGGAGGAUGGUGAUUAUGACGAUGAAGAGGCUGAAGACGAAUAUGACAACGAUGAUGAUGAUGAUGAAGAGGAUGACGGGGAUGAGGAUGAAAAUAGCAAUGACGGUGACAACCGACCUCGUAAGCGUGCACGCGUCGCUGAUAGCGUUGAUAACUCGGAGACUGACUCGCUUAACAACAAUGAAGAUUACCCGUUUUUGGAUGAGAUUGACGCAUACGAGAGGAUGAGAACCGGAUCAGCGCCAAUUUUUUCUGCGGAGGACCGUGUGCUGGAUGACCCGUUGUUCAAUACACCAGUUGCUACUUAUCGAAGGGCGUCGCGUGCAACUCGAGAGGGGCGUGAUUGGGUAUAUCGCUUCACCCACCAAAAUGAUAGGAAUAAACUUUUCGCUCUAACUAAUUGA